AUGGCGGCAGCAACUUCUGAUUUCUCAGCAGAGUCUUCUACGCAUCAAACCAAAGUAACCACUAUCAAAUCAUUAUCUGAAUCUGGCCUUACCUCUUUACCUUCCUCUUAUGUCUGGAAACACAUCAAUGAUCGUCCAAUCCUGGACUCAUCAGAAGACUCAUUUCCCAUUAUUGAUUUCUCUCUCCUUGCCUCCUCUAAUUCUCAACAAAGGUGCAAAGCCAUCCAAGAUCUUGGCCAAGCUUGUGAAGAAUGGGGCUGCUUCUUGCUGAUCAACCAUAGUUUCCCAGUAAGUCUGAUAAACAGAAUGAUGGAAGGGGUAAAAGGAUUUUUCAAUCUUUCAGAUGAAGAAAAGAGAGAGUUUCAGGGGAAGCAUCUUUCUGACCCCAUCAAGUGUGGCUCCAGCAUGAAUAAUACUACAGAGGUAAAAAGCUGGAGAGAUUUUUUGAAAGUCUUUGUCCAUCCUGAGUUCCACUUCCCUCAUAAACCGGCAGGGUUUAGUGAUACUGCAUUUGAGUACUUCAAAUUAAUGGGAGAAAUCACAUGGGAACUGUUGAAUGGUGUAUCAGAAAGUUUGGGAUUAGAACCAAACUACAUAUAUAAGGCCACGAAUAGGGAAUCAAGCUUCCAAGUCUUCAUUGCCAAUCUGUACCCUCCAUGUCCAGAGCCAGAACAUGCUUUGGGGCUUCUUCCUCACUCUGAUCAUGGUUUGCUCACUAUAGUCGCAGAAAAUAUCAGUGGUGGCCUUCAGACUCUGCAUAAUAGCAAGUGGGUAAAAGUGAAUGCUCCUCCCAAUGCUCUUAUGGUCAACACUGGGGAUCUGCUAGAGAUACUGACUAAUGGGAAGUACAAGAGCAAUGUGCACAGAGCAGUAUUGCACAUCAAUACUACAAGGACAUCAAUGGUGACCAUAGAUGGACCAUCUACAGAUCAACUGAUCAGCCCAGCACCAGAGCUUGUGGAUGAAACUCACCCACCAGCCUACACUUCAAUAACAUACAAAGAGUUCUAUGCGCUGCAACAAUCAACCUCAUUUGAUAGGGAAACUGUCUUGGACCAUUUACGCAUUCCAUCUUAGAUCAUUCUGCACAAACCAAGCAUCAAUCAUUCUGUAUAAAAUAUGUUUGAUUCUGAAUUAGCAAAGCUUUUUUGUCAAUGAAAUGAAAUCCCAUACGUCAUUGUGAGUGCGCGUCUUCAAAAUUGACAUUGGGGUCUAUGGAAGUG